AAGUUAAAGAAGAUGAACUGUUUAUGUCAUUAUUGUACAACACUCUAAACAUAACCAGUGUAUCAAACAUUUGCCAUAACGUCAGACCGUCGUGAGACAGGGAACAGUGGACCAUUACUACGUCACGCUGAAGUCAAUUCGAUUUUUACCACAUUGUGACGUCACGUGCUCGCCGUUUGUUACUUUGUGUGUAAUUUUUCAUUAGUGCGGCCAGCAACAAAUUAGAGAUGGCAGUUGAUAUUGUAGCAAAACAUUACAGUCCUGUAGAAAACUUCUGAUACAAAUAUUACAUUUGGCAUGCAAAAACAGCAGCGUGCACAAUGUGGAGACACAAUGGACAGAGGUGAUAGUAUAAGUGAUAUACUUAGGACUUGGUGGUUGGUCAUUAAAGUUGGAAGUGUGCCUGUAAAUUGUAAAACCAGCAGUACUGUUUUUAGCGACUUGUUAUAGUCAUGACAUUGUACAGGAAGCUCAAGAUUAUUACUUUAGCUCGUGCAGUUGUUAAAUAAAUCAUUAGGCAUAAGCUGAACUAUAUUCAUAUCACAGCUGGCAAAACAUCUACACAAUCAAAUACGUUUAGGGUGCGUUUUUUUCUGUGUGUGUGAUUUCUGCCCGGAUACAAUUUCCCUAACAAUUUUAGACAUUGACACAAGGUUCUCUAUGCUGGGAAAGGGAGUUUUACCGCAACGUAAAACUCCCCAGGAUAGAGAAUCUUAGCCCAUGUUGAAAAUCGCGGAUCAGUGCUCCCCCAAAAAAUAAACACCGCCGCUCCAGAAGUCUGCGAAUGAGACUAAUAUCUCUCCCAAGUUAAACAAUGUGACCUUUGUAUAUAUAAUCACGCUUUGUGUCAAUGAUACCGUGCCGAAACUAUUAAAGGCUGAGGUUGUUAAAACCGGUUUUUUUGUCUUUGUGAAAAUGAAAUCGGGCAUGCAGUCGUCGCAAGACCAACCCUUCUGGCCCCAUUUCAUGUACAUGUACAUGUACGUACGCACGUCCUUACUGGAUUGAGAAAAGCGACUCUUUUUUGCUGAUUUUAUUGAAAAUCACUACGCUGAAUGUCAUCAACAACCGCUGCCCCAAAUCUGAAAUAUGCCUGAAUCUGACUUACUUCCGCAGAGCAUAAGACUUGCUCCCAGUGAGAUAUAUUUCAGCCAGGACAGCAUCAGCAGCCUUGUUCAUGUUAGUCCUCAUGGGGGCGGUAAGAUACCUAUCCUGAAGGCGCUCGAGGGAAUUUUGCGUGGUGUCAUCGAUGUGGAGAGAAUAGUAACGUUCGAUGUGGUGCGUGUGGAGGGCAAGUUCUUUGCACUUUCGGGAAAUAGGCGUCUCUACAUUUACAGGACAUUGCAAAAGGUCGGAUUUCUCUCUUCUGUCAAGGUCACACUUUACCCUCUAGAGCUAUUUCACAUGGAUUGGCUGAGUAUGAAGUUUACAACAACGAGUGAGGGGGAAACAGUUCAAGUGCGUGUGAGAGACAGCCAUUAUUUCUUAAGGAGGCAGGAAGCAGUACUACGACGAUACGGUUAUGGUCCUAGUACUGCAUCUGACAGUGGGGACGAGGAUGACAUAACAUUGGACUUGGAUGAGGAACACCUGUCGCGACAGCGUACCAAGAUUCGCAAUAAGAAGAAGAUUAAGAAAUCGCGACCAAAUCUCCGAGCACACCAUGCAGAGGAGUGUUCGCGGUUGCGACAUGCAAGGCGGACAAAGCUGUACAAGGCGGAGUUAGAGAAAAGGUAUGACGCCAAGAAGAUGAUGAAGACAGCAGACCGUGAAGCUAAACGACGACUCUUUAAUGACUUGGCUAUGGCAGAAGCCGAAUCAGUUGGACGGUCGAGUAAUCAGUCCAUCAAUCGGCAGGACACUCCGCGACAAGGAGGUCCAACAAAGAGAGAGCGCACCAUGUCCCGGCUAGCAUUGAAGACGCAACGAAUGAUCAACUGUGACGAGAGAGUAAAGGAACCGCAGAAGAAACUUGCAGAAACUUGCAGAUUAGAAGAAGAAGUCAUCCUCUGUAUUCGUUACUUAUUUGUUGCAGAAUAACUCAAGUGGUCAUGAUACAAAAUGCCAAGACCAGGGUAAAGAGAGUUUCUGAUUCUUAGAGCAAGAAAUAGCAUGAGCUAGACAGCUCCUGACGAACACCAUCUUUUGUGGAGUAGAGUCUUGGUCACAGCAAUUAUUAAUGUUUCUAGAACUGCUUUCUUAGAAAUCCUAUUUACAAAAGAACUUUGCAAAGAGUACGAAAAUGUUCUAGUAUGUCCAUUAGCUCUAAAUCCUCGUUUAAGGGUUUAUGUACAGUAAAGGGAUGUGUCAAAAUUGAUUUGCAUAUCCUGUCAACUUUGUGCUUUUGUUUCUGCCUUUAAUAUUGAUUCAAGGAAUCUAUGCAACGUGUAGCCAGCAAGGGUAUUCGUAGACUUUUUUGUCUAUCCUUUGGUGCAUUGACUUAUGUUCACAGUGAAGGUAAGGCAAAUAUACAUGUAACUGUAUCUCCAAAGGUGUGAAAUAUGAUAUGAAUCAAUAUGUUGUGUAAGUAAUUGUACCAUAAGGGAAAAUUCGACAAGAACACUUUGUGAAUGAUAGCCUUAACAUUUGUCCAAGUACCAACCUUUAAUAUAUAUAUAUAUAUACAUACAUAAACAUUUGUAAUAGUUUAUGACAAAUGUUGGUCCCAUUGUCCUAUGAGUAGACUGAAAGGAGGGCAACGUAGCAAAGGGAUAUUGAAACGCAUAACAAAUCUAAAUAACAGUGUUAGAAGUUUAUCACUAGCAGAUUGUGAUGAAGAAUAUGUUUGCAUGAAAUGAUCAGUUAGUGACCACUGCCUUUCCUUUUUUUGAGAAAAAAAACAACAGCAUCAAAAUAGUUUCCCCUGGUUCAGCCUUGACAUCUGGAGCACCAUACCUUUAUUUAAAUGCCCUGCUUUCUUAUGAGUUUUGUUCACUGAAGAAGAGUAUGAACUAUUCAGAAGUUUCUCAUGUAGGCACACAUACAUUGUAGCUUGGUUCUAGAGUUUCCUUGUUUUAAGGGCUAGCAGAAGAAUGUGUAAAAUAUGAUUUGCAUACCCUUUUCGUUGUGCAGUUUGUUCUUUGGAUGAUUUUUUUUCUUUGUCAUUGAAUCAAGAGGUUUAUGCAAAACAUUGCCAGCAAGGGUAUCCUUGAUAAAGACCCCUUUUAUAGUGCACUCUGUACUACACUGUUGUUCACAAUGAGUAGGACUAUUAAAUAUAGCAGUUACUGUAUCUCCAAAAUUGUGCAAAAAUGUCUUGAUGUAAUCAGUGUAAUGGACUUUUUCUUUGUACCUAUAAUGAAGCAAUUUAUUAUGUACAUGAUUGUGCUCAUGUGCCAUAAGAAGAAAAAUUGUAUAUCUUAGAUAGCAAUGCCAGUUUUCUAACUUCCAACCUCUAUUGUCCAAUUAUAAUGUUUAACAUUUCAGUUGAUAGCAGAUAUGAUUGUCAAGAGCAACUAGCAAAUCAGAUUGCAGUAUUCAUAUUAUUACACUGAGUAUGCAAAGCUUGCGCUUGGGCAGGCCAGCCACUGUAGUUGGCAUUUUUGUUUCUUUUCUGAUUUUAUGGAAGUCAUCUCGUCCAUAAUCAUGUCAAAUCAAAAUACUCUAUUAUGAGAUUUUCUUGUAUAGGCUUUUGUCAUUGUAGCUAUGUGAAUGUAUUUUUGUAACAGAUGAUGUUGCAUUCCUGUUCAAAUGUGCUGUAGACAUUGUAAAUAUAUGCUGUACAGUAU